AUUUAUUUUCUAGCGUUAUAGAGCUUCUUGUAUCUCCUUCUUGCUUUCAGCUUCGCCAUUGAUGAAGAUAUCUUUGAAGCUAGUAUUGGAAUCUUGAACACUGAAAUAAGCGUAAAUAUGUUCAACUUGAGCAAAUUGGAGCAUACAUUGCGACUGCAACCUCAUCUUUUGGGCCUUCCGAUCAAUGAAGCAGUCAAGGGAGAGCUCGAGGGUCUUUUCUUGGAUAAGGUAAUUGCAAAAUUGGGGCUAUGCAUAUCUGUUUAUGAUAUCGAGUCAAUUGAUGGUGGUUUUAUAUUUCCCAACGAGGGAGCUCCAACCUACACCGUAAAGUUUAGGUUGAUAAUGUUUCGGCCCUUUGUAGGUGAAAUUAUAUCUGCCAAACUUAAAGAAUCUAAUGCUGAUGGUUUACGCUUAUCGCUUGGAUUUUUUGAUGACAUACACAUACCGAAGUUGCUAAUGCCGGAGCCUUCCCGUGCUAAGCCUGACUCAGAAAACAAGAACCAAGUUAAAUGGAUAUGGUCAUUCAAUGAUGAGGAAUACCUUAUAGAUGGAUAUGAUGAGAUUAGGUUCCGAGUUCAAAAUAUAAAGUUUCCCGAAAUUCCAAACGAGCAAAAAGAGUCGAAGCCAUUUGCCCCUAUGGAGAUCAUUGGAUCGCUUGUGUCCGACGGGGGUUUAGGCCCUAUUUCAUGGUGGGUCUAGUCGGAUGUAGCCAUGGCUCAAACCAACCAAUUUUGCAUGCCUAUGAAACAAUACAAACCAUCUUGUUGAUGUGAAGUAGGACAACACACAUUUUUAGGGAGAGGGUCGAUAAGCUUUAUGCAAAUCUUAGUGGCUGUUUACCUAAACACUUACCCGGUAAGCACUUACCG